AAAUACUAUAGUAAAAACCACCUCCACGGAGUACCAGGACUAGCACACAAGCAGGAUACAAGGGUCUGGUUUUUUUUUCAGUAGCAAACAACCUUGGGAUUGAAAUGUUUAGGCGAAGAGAAACGUGGGGCAAGGGGCAAAGAAGAAAGAAAGCUACUCAAGUAAUCAAGGCCACUGUAAAACGGUCAAAGCCCCUUGUUCCGGCCAACAUUUUCCCAAGCCAGGCCAAGGUUCCAUUUUCGUUGUUGCCGUUGCUUCUAAGAAUUGGGCUUUUAUCUCAAGUCGGUGUGUAAGAUAUUAUUCUUUUUUUGCGCAUCUUGGCACCAUUUCACUAUCAUCACCAUCAAAAGCAAUGGAGUCUUGUACCGGUAGUACAACAGCCGACCUUUGAUCAGUGAGCAGCUAGCACCAAGCUGCAAACUGCGGUGCUGCUGCAUGCAACAAAAAACCGACGACAAGAGAGGCCCGCCCAUUCUUUCACCCGAUUUCCGGGCCGAUCGUCCGUGCUGAUCCGCUUCCAGUGUCCGAAGAACCAAAAUCGACAAAAGGCUUGCAUCGAUUUUUUUUUCCGUCGAACUUCCUUCGGCCUCCUUCGGCCUCCCGGGAACCCGUCCUGUCCCCGCUCGAACUGACCCCAAAACCAGGAGUGCUCUUUUGCAGCUGGUAUUGCACUCCUUGGCGACGACGAUCCUACGCCGCCUUUUUUUUAUUAUUUUCCUUUCAACUAGAUUACUUUUUGUUCCCCUCUUGAUCCCUUGCUCGUGUGAUAAAUAUACUUUUCGCACGAAGCAAAGGAGAAGAAAAAAAUAGAUGCCCGAGAAAUCUCUCCAGGUAGCGACCUACGCCGCCGGCGCGUCGCUCGCCGCCAUAACGCUCAUCUACGUGUUCGCCCCGACGUACCUCCUCGACAGCGAGAACGCCGGGCGGUCCGGCAGCUCGCGCAAGCGCGGCGUCGUCGGCCUGUCCAACCCGGCCAAUGACUGCUUCAUCAACAGCAUCCUCCAGGCGCUCGCGGGACUGGGCGACCUGCGCGUGUACCUGAUCCGGGAGACGCACCGGCGGUCUCUGGACGAAGACGACGACGCCGCCAAAAACAGCAGCGAGACGACACCGAACCGCAAUGGCGCAACCUCAUCCUCCUCGAGAUCCAUUUACAGAGUCGCGGUGCCGCACGGCGGGCUGCCCGAGUGGAAGAUACUGGGUCUGCAGGGCGGGGUGGUCACGGCUGGUCUGAAGCGGAUACUGGAUCAGCUCAACGAGCGGCCGAUCGCUAAAAAGACAGCAUCGGCGCUGCCGUUCGUCAGGGACCUCGAGGGCGCUUUCCGGCAGCGCAUCAGCCGCCAGCAGCAGGAUGCCCAGGAGUUCCUGCAGGUUGUGGCUGAGCGUCUGUGUGAUGAGUAUCACGCCGGGCAGAGGGCAAGGCGCGCUGCUAGGCGGAGGGAGGGUGGACUCGAGGGGGAUGCGCGGGCGAUGGACCGGAGGAUAGAAAACCCUGCUGCUGCGCCGACAACAGCAGAAGCAAAGUCCGGCGGUGCGGGCUCAGAAGAUUCCGGCGCAAUACAAACGAUCACCAAGGGCGCACAAGCGGAGGACGACGAUGAGGAUGAGGAGGGCUUCCCGAUGGAGGGAAAAUUCGAGUCGCAAAUCGAAUGUCUCACGUGCGGGUUCAAGCCGCGACCCAAGGAGGACACAUUUUGCACACUCACGCUCAACGUGCCGCAGGUGUCCUCGACGACGCUCAACGCCUGCUUCGACGGCAUGUUCAAGACGGAGUACAUUGACGACUUCAAGUGCGAAAAGUGCCGCCUCGUGCACGCCAAGGGCGUCUACGAGGUGGAGCUCUCCCGGCUGCCGGCGCAGGACACGGCGCAGGCGGAGGCCAAGCACCGGGCCAUCGAGCAGCUCCAGCUAGCCAUCGAGACCGACCCGGAGCGCGCCCCCGAGGGCGUCCCGCUUCCCGACGCGCGCUACGCCCCGAAGCGGCGCAUCGCGCGCCACAUCCGCAUGACGUCGUUCCCCAAGAUCCUGGCCGUGCACCUGUCGCGUUCCAUCUACGAGAGGAGCCAGUCGCAAAAGAACUCGGCCAAGGUGGCGUUCCCGGAGCGCCUCCCGCUGGGCGGCCUGCUGCACCGCCGCAAGUACAAGCUCCUGGGCGUCGUGGCCCACAAGGGCUCCCACCACUCGGGCCACUACGAGAGCUUCCGCCGCCAGAACCUGUACGCCCCCUUCAGCACGCCCAACGCCUUUGCCGGCGCAGGCGUCUACGGCAAGGGCGCUGGCGCUGGCACUGCCGGCAGCGUCGCCGCCACCCCGGCCACCCGGACGCCGCGCCUCGGCCCGCUGCAGAAGGGCGAUGGGGCAAGCACCAGCAGUCCUGCGGUCAGCACGCCGGACCUGUCGCUCAGCGGCGGCACAGGAGCCGGGACGCCGGCCACGACGCCGAGCAAUUCCUCGGCUGAUGAUGCCGGUGGCGGUGGCAGCCCGACUACUCCCGCGCGCCCAUCCUCGAGCACCAGCAGGCUCGCGUCGCUGUCCCUAUCCCCGCGAAGGGACAAGGACAAGGACAAGGAUACGGACUCCUCUAGCCUCAGGUCGGUCGCGCGCUCGACGCUCUCGCGGAUGGCGGGGAGCAGCAGCCGGAGCGGAAGCAAGCGCCGAGGCACCGUCGGCGAGGAUCAGCAGCAGCAGCAGCAGCCCAAUGGUGGCGGCACCAGCAAACCGGCUACGGCCAGCUCCUCGUCCCCUCUGGCCAAGACCAGCAGCAGGAGGAAAAAGGCCAAGAACCAGGACAACAUGUGGUGGCGACUCAGCGACGAAAAGGUCAAGGAGGCCACGACAAAGGACGUCCUGGGCAUGCAGCGCGAGGUCUACCUGCUGUUUUAUGAGAUGGAGAAGGAGGACGAGUGAGAGUAAGAGGAGGCAGACGAAAAGAAGAAAAAAAAUCAACAGAAAAGAGAAAAAAAAAGAAACAGACACAAAAACAAAUCCUUCACUUCUUCACUAACUAACUACCUUAUUCUUUUCCCCCCUUUUUCUCCUGGUUUUCUGCUAACCAUUGAUAUAGAGCCAGCGGUAUUGGGUGUGCACAACUCGAAAAAAAGGCGCGCUUGCAUUGUAGAAAUGGGAGGUGCAUGCAUUGUAUUCUUGAUAUCAUCCAAUUUUUUCCUUGGUCAAUUUUGCCUUUUUUUUCCCAAGGAGUCCAAGGAGUGUGGUCGGCUUCUCUCUGUACAAAAACACAACAAACACACAUCUAUUUUCUUUUUAUGUUUAUUCGCAAGUCGGGCGUAUAUGUAUUUCUUCGUACAUAAGUGGCGCAAAGGGGUUAAACGCACAUAGUACAGCCAAAGAUGCAUCACUUGCAAAUACCAAACCAACGUCAUAUAGUGGUCAACCUCUGCAUAAAACAUCAAGUUUGCCAAUCAAGUGUACAUUUGUGGUCCUUGACGAGACGGGCG